AUGAAUGAGGUAAUCUUAGUUACGCCACAUAAUUGGUCAACGGAAGCAACGUUUACUCCUUCGCCCACGAAUCUCACCCAUCAUCUACUUAUUCCAACAAGACAAGCCACAUUCAUCGGUGCCAUUGUUGCUAUUGUGUUUAUUUUCUUCGGUCUAAUUGGAAAUCUUAUUCUUAUAACAACGAUACUCUCCGUAAGAAAACUUCGAUCGAACAUUAUCAAUAUAUUUAUCGUUUCGUUACAAUUCAAUGAUCUACUCAACAUUGGCUUCAAUCAAUUGUUUGUCGGACUAUCCUACGCUAAUCGACACUGGGUUGGUGGACCUUUAAUCUGUAAAUUAGUUGUUUACUGUUCAACAAUUUGUAUGGGUUGCCUUCUUUGGCAUCAUUGUCUCAUUGCCAUUCAUCGCUUAAUGGUCGUUGUCUAUCCAAAUCUCCUCCGUCGAAUGUCCGUCAAGGCUUAUAUUAUCGUAUCACUUGUCAUUACUCGAGUCUUACCGAUACUUUGUUGUAUACCAUCAUUCCUAACGAAAUCGAUCGCGUACUCUGAUCGAGCACUACGUUGUUCCUCACGAAAUAAAAUUCAAAUCUAUCUUAACAUAAGCGUUCUCAUAUUAUUACCAAAUGUCAUCAUAAUCAUUUGUUUCGUUGGAAUAUUCGUACAUGUUCUAAGUGCAACGAACACCACUGUUCGAACGAAUACCAAUACAGUCUCCACAUCGCAUUCACUACGACGUGAAAUACGCAUUACCAAGAUGUUCGCAAUAUUAUUUACAUUGUUCUUUCUCGGAUAUCAUCCAUAUGGUUUCGUUCGCGCAUUCGAUAAACGUGGUCAAUUACAUCCAGAUAUUUACGUUCUAUUAACAUUACUUUAUUGUAUCUCAAUUUGUGCAUCACCAUUAGUAUACGGAAUAAUGAAUAAUCAAUUGCGUCAUGAAUGUAUGAGAGUCUUAUUCAAUUGUUGGCAUUGUCAGAAGAUCGAUGAUUAUAAAAAGUAUUCCCACCAUCGGCUGAAUUCGUCAACAAGACAUUCAACGAUACGGAAUGGCGGAGAAAUUACUGACGAUCAUUCAGGCACAACUCAGUCAUCGCGACAAACAAGAAUUAAGUAUUCAAAAAAGAAAAGGUCAUCAGAACCCACUGUCGACACAUCUUGUGUUUAA